AUGUCAGUCAAGUUCGAGCGAGAGACGUACAAGCAGGCCGAGGGCGCCGCCGGCCCCGCCGUCUCUGCUGCAGCGGAGCUUCUCGGGAGGGAUGGUCCCAUUCCCGGGACAAGCGGCAAGCACCCUAUAUCCGAGGCGGUCGGCACGGCCCUUACUGGUGGCAAGCAGAUGGCGGGCACCAAGGGCUAUCUGAUGGCAUACAUCAAGCAGCUUGAGGAGAACCCAAUGCGGACCAAGAUGCUGACCGCCGGCACGCUCGCCGGCGCUCAGGAGGUGAUUGCCUCGUGGCUGGCGAAGGACCGCAACAAGAACGGCCACUACUUCACGUCGCGCGUGCCGAAGAUGGCCGCAUACGGCGCCCUCGUCAGUGCGCCGCUCGGCUCACUGCUGAUCUGGGUUCUGCAGAAGGUCUUCAAGGGGCGCACGAGCCUGCGAGCCAAGAUCUUGCAGAUUCUCUUCAGCAACCUCAUCAUCGCCCCCAUCCAGAACGCCGUUUACUUGAGCGCCAUGGCCAUCAUCGCCGGCGCCAGGACGUACCACCAGGUGCGGGCCACUGUCCGCGUCGGUUUCUGGAAGGUCAUGCGUGUCAGCUGGAUCACAUCGCCCGUGUGCCUGGCCUUUGCGCAGAAGUUCCUGCCCGAGAACACCUGGGUGCCCUUCUUCAACCUGGUCUCGUUCAUCAUCGGCACCUACAUCAACACCGUGACCAAGAAGAAGAGGCUGGCCGCCUUGCGCAAGAAGCACUUCGGUGACGACCGCAGGGGACCGGGUUCGGUGGCCGGGCCUCCACCAUCGGACUACAAGGGAGACUACUCGAUUGGGCCGAACCCUCCAUACUAA